AUGCAUAGGAUUCAUCUAGAAGACAAUGCUAAGACUUCACGUGAAGCACAAAGACGUUUGAAUCCUGCCAUGAAGGAAGUAGUUAGAGCUGAAGUGUUGAAACUUUUGGAUGUUGGUAUCAUUUACCGAAUUUCUGAUAGUCAAUGGGACGCUCCAUUUUUCUUCACUGAUACAUGCCUGCAUGCUUUUGAGAAACUUAAGUCGCUUUUGACUUCUGCACCCGUCAUUCGACCUCCUGAUUGGAGUGUCCCUUUUGAAAUCAUGUGCGACGCAUCUGAUUAUGCCAUAGGAGCUGUUUUAGGACAGCGAAUUGCUAGACCUCCCCAUGUCAUUUAUUACUCUAAGUUUGAUAUUGAGAUCAGAGAUAAAAAGGGUUCUGAGAAUGUUGUAGUUGACUACUUGUCCAGAUUAAUUGUUGAGUCUAGUGAGGAUUCUUUCUCCAUCACCGAGUCUUUCCCUUAUGAACAACUUAUGCAUGUUUCUCAUUUGCCAUGGUAUGCUGAUAUCGUGAAUUAUCUUGUAACUGGUGAGAUGCCAUCCCAUUGGAGCAAACAAGAUAAGUCAAAGUUUUUAGCUUUGGUGAAAUACUUCUUUUGGGAUGAUCCCUACUUUUUUAACUAUUGUCCUGAUCAGAUCAUUAGGAGAUGUGUUGCCGAUAGUGACCAAACUAAUAUCAUCUCAUUUUGCCAUGACCAUGCAUGUGGUGUUGAUUAUGUGUCAACGUGGGUAGAAGCCUUAGCAUGCAAAACAAAUGACCACAAGGUUGUGAUUGGAUUUUUGAAAGAGAAUAUAUUUUCUCGUUUUGGUGCUCCUCACGCUAUCAUUAGUGAUGGAGGGAAGCACUUCUAUAGUAGGCCAUUUGAGCACUUGAUGAAACAAUAUGGCAUUACACAUAGAGUUGCAACUCCUUAUCACCCGCAGACGAGUGGUCAAGUUGAAAUUUCUAAUAGGGAAAUCAAGCAUAUCCUUGAGAAAACCGUCAACCCCACUAGGAAAGAUUGGUCUUUGAAACUCACUAAUGCACUUUGGGCAUACCGUACUGCAUUCAAGACCCCUAUAGGAAUGUCUCCUUAUCGUCUUAUGUAUGGUAAGGAUCGAAUGAAGGUGUUUCAUGACAAGAACAUCUUGAGGAAAACAUUUACACCUGGCCAGAAAGUCCUCUUGUAUAAUUCUCAUUUGCAUUUGUUUCCUGUUGAAAUUGAAAAUCCAAAAAAUGGUGGUGUGUUCAAAGUUAAUGGUCAGAGGUUGAAGCCAUUUUUGGAGUUGAAAAGCCCUGAGCCAACCUCGAGUCGAGCGGCAGCUGAGGGAGAAGAUCAAGGGUCUCCAGAGGGACUGAAGGAGGCUCAGGACAGGCUAGUGGAUGUCGAGCGGUGCCUGAGUAAGGCCGAGUGUGAUGCCCUGGAUGCCGGGGGCAAACUGACUGGCGCCGAGGUAAAGAAGCUGGAGGGUACAGUCGCUAGGCUGGAGGCUGAGAAGAGUCGUGAGGAGGCCACCACUGUGGGUGCGUUCAAGCAGUCUGCUGAGUACAAGCGGGCACUGAUGAAGGCAGCAAAGGCUGGUGCUGCCUCCAACCUGGACAUGCUGAACAAGAGGGGAGCUAUUGACUGGGUGAAAGCGUCCCAAUCUACCAAGCCGUCGGAUUAG